UAAUGUUGAUCAUUGAUCAAGCCAACAUUCCGUUUUGAAAAUUUUUUUUAAAGUCUUCAAUUUAAAAGAAUAAAUCUACUGAAUUAAACAUUGCUUUGAUUGUAUCUUAUUUUCAAUUGAUUAGUAUUUAUAUUUGACAAUGUUUAUAAGGUGAAAUAUCCUGCGACUGAUAUUCACAUAUGGAGCUUGUUUAUUCAGUAACCUGUGCUAGUUCAUCUUCUUCAAAGCGGCUAAAUGAUUGGCUUGUUGAUCGAAGAUGUGUCAGUUCAUUAUCAAACAAAAAUAUUCUGGCAUUUACAAGUUUCUCGGAUUUAACUGAUAGUGAGCCUAAAUAUUUAUCAACCCAUGUUUAUGUUAUUGAUUUAAACUUACCACAUGAGCCAAACUUGGUAACAAAGCAUGAUGAAGAUGUGACAAUCUUGGAAUGGGAUAGUAGUGGAACCCGGCUUCUUAUUGGAGAUGCUUUUGGUAAAAUUGAGAUUUGGUCGAUCAAAGAUUUUCUUAUAAACGACUGGUAUCUUGUUAAUUCAUUCACUGCCUUCGGAGGUGAAAAGACUUUAUCAGCUGUAUGGUUUCACAAUGGUAUAAAGUCUAUCAUUGUCACGGACAAAAAAGAUUCUUCUCAUUCAUAUAGUGAAAAAUUCAUCAACGCUAAGUUUAAUGCAUCUGUGAGACAGUUUGGAGGUAAACCGGCCAAUGGUUUCGUCGCUAUUUCUGCUAGCGGACUUAUUUGGUGUGCAGUCUAUCUAUCAGAUAAUUCAAUUGUUACUGGAACUAAAAUUUUAGGAAAUUUCCGAUCCAAAUUAAAAAUAGUCGACAUUUGUUACACUCGAAAUGGAGAAUUUCUUAUGAUCACAUCGAACGGAUCAGUUGAUUCUUCCAUUAACUGCUACCGGGUCUCAAUCAAUUUGUCUUACUCCAAUUUAGGAUCAGAUAAGACUAAAUGUACUAUAACAAGUCAACCAUUUUCAAGUUUUUAUCUCAACUGUUCAAACGAUAUUGUACAAGCCAAUGGAUAUUCUUAUGUGAACCAUAUAAAAUUUAUUCUGAAAGAAGCUGCCGAUGCCGUGAUUGUUGGUACUUCUGGGUCUUUAGGGUCAACAGUUGAACUAUGGGUAUUACGUGAUAAACCCGUACAACUACAUAAGAUGUAUCAGCAAAUUAAGAACAGUAAUGGCGGCAGUGAAUUCAAUAACCAAUCUCCAAAGACAACAGUUUGGCAAUAUUCAUGCAGUGUCAAUUACUAUCAACCUAUUGUGGCCAUCACCACUCCUCGAGUCUCAUUAUAUGAUGUUAAUCCACCUCUUUCGUAUAUCAUGGUGUCUUACAGAGAUAAUACAGUUAAUUGCUAUAUUCGUGAAAAUUUAAAACGUAUCUUUGCUAUUGGUGUCAACUCUAUUUCUCUUCAAAACAAUCCCUCCAACAAAUUCGGUAUGGUCAACGUAAAAUCUAACUCAAAUCCAAUAAUCUCCAAUAUCGUCGAUAUGCAAUUUUCAUGGAGUGGCACCGCUUUAGCUCUCCUUGACACGAACUCUCAACUAUUCGUUUACAGAAUACCCCCGGUUACUGAUCCGAAAGCAAGUUUUAAUCCUGUAUUUUUACAAACAAUGCUUGAAUACUGCCUUGUUAGUGGUAAUGAUUGGUGGGAUAUUCUUAUAUGUCUUCGUCCAACCAUCAUUGAUUCUCUCUGUGAUAUGUUAACUGAAGGUUUUAUGCAAAGACAAACUCAUGCACUCCAACAAAAGUACUAUAAUCGUUUUUUAGCCAUUAAAGCAUCACUUUAUCGUUGUCUCAACCAAGGUAACAGUGGUACCUCUGGACAAAACAAAUCUGGCGAUUGUUACACACUAUUUAUGCUCAACUCCAUUUCUCACCUAUUGAAAUCUCUUUUACGGCCCAGUGUUAAUGCUGAUAAGGAAGGGCCAGCUGAGAUGCUCAGUAAUCUAAUUCAAACCAAAGGAAAUGAUCCUAUCUAUUUCAAUGUUGACAAACUUCUUCUUUGUCUUGAACAUAAAGACUUUUACGUUGAAACAGUUAUUCUACAAUCAUUACAACAAUUGAAUCAGUGGAUUGGAGAUUUAGCUUUGUUCUUACUUGCCUCACUCCCACAACAGUUUCACAAUAAUUAUCGUUUUCCUGGGGGAGGUUUAAUUUACGAUGUUAAAUCUUUAAACACUUUACGAGAGCUUUUAGUAAUAAUUAGAAUUUGGGGUUUGAUCAAUGAAAGCUGUCUUCCUAACUUUGUCAUUUUAUCAAAAGAUGUAGAUGUGAUUGGUCAAAUAUUUAAAUUGCUUAGUCGCAUGGUGGCUACUAUGGGAAAUGAACCCGAUGAAAGUUUUCUGGAUGAAUGCUGUUCACUUCCUAACCAAGUCCUUAUAACACAAAUGGAUUUAACACUUAAAGCUAGAGGAGUUACCAGUCCAGCAAUGUUCAUAAAUCCGUCACCGUUACAGUUCCAAUAUUUUGCUGAAGCAUCUUUCCUUAAAUAUCAUAUCAAAACUCACAGUGUGGAUGGAGCCGUCGAUAAUUAUAAAUGUACCAAAAUGGAUACUGUUCGUCACAUUGCUCUUGGAGCUAAAGAUAGCAUCAAUGGAAACAUCAGGAUGUGCACUCGAUGCUCGGCAAUUUCCCUCAUUCAAUCACAAAAUAAAUCACCAUCUACUCGUACAUGGGACAUGAGAUGGUGUUCAAAUUGUAUUUGCGGAGGUCAUUGGAAAGUUGACAAUGAGUACUGAUUUUUCUUCAACAAGAAAAUUUGUAUAUUAUAUGCAAAAAAAUCUGAUCACAGAGUGUGUCAAGUUAAUAGUAGAGAAUGAAAUCUUUACCCUUUGUCUACAAAAAAUUAGUUACAAAGCUGCUACUGAUUUCAAAUUUCUAAGUCCUUCCCUUUAUCAGGAACUUUUUUGCUGUCAUCUUCUUAAGUCAUAACCAAUGUAAAACCGAUCAACCAUUUCAUGUACUCCAUUGUAAAUAAUACAUUUGUAUAACAUUAUAUUUAUAAAUUUCCAGUAAAUCCAAAAAUAAAUAUUACAUAGUAAUAACAA